GAAGAAGAAUUUGUGGGAGAAAGAAUGGUGAGUGAAGAAGUAGAAAAGAAACUCUAUGAAGCUGCAUCAAAUGGAAAUGUAACAACACUUGUACAUCUACUUGAAGAAGAUCCAUAUCUUGUUCGUGGAGUCUCAUUUCCAUGUUCAAGAAAUCUUCUACACGUAGCGACAAUGCAUGGACAGACAUUCAUUGUUGAACAAGUGUUGAAGCUUAAUCCGCAGCUAGCGUGUAUUUCAGACUCCCAAGAAUCAUCGCCUCUCCACAUUGCAGCAGCAAGAGGGCAUGUCGAGAUUGCCUCGAAAUUGGUGUCAGUAGCCCCGGAGAUGUGCUGGUGGCGCGACAAGCAAGGCAUGAAUCCGAUUCAUGUUGCAGCCAUGAAUGGGCAUGUUGAAAUUCUAGAACAUCUCCUUAUAGAGAGUUGUUUUCCCGCGAUGGAGAGACUGCAUCGUGGGCAGACUGUGCUACAUUUGUGUGUGAAACAUGCUCAACUUAGGGCGUUAAAGGUUUUGGUGGAGAAGUUGGGAGAUCUUGCGUGUACAAAGGAUGAUGAUGGCGAUACCUUAUUGCAUUUGGCUGUUAGGUGCAAUCAACUCGAGAUUGUAGAAUACUUGGUGGGAAUCGAAGUCCUAAAGCAGGAAACAAGAAACGGGAUGGGCAAAACUGCGGUCCAAAUCUUGAACGAGAGUCCUCCAACCACCCCCAACUACGUAAAGAUGAAAAGGCUCUUAAAAUAUCAAUCAGAUCUCUUCAUUUUCCAAGUGAUCCCGGAGAUGAGCAACACCCUGAUGGUGGUGAUAGUCCUGAUUGCCACAAUGGCCUUCCAGUCGGCCAUCACCCCCGUGGGGGGAGUAUGGGCUGAAGACGACGCCAAGAACUCUCGCAGAGCCGGGCAGGCUGUGAUGGCAUCCACCAAUCCCAGUGCAUACAUGAGCAUUAAGUUCGCCAACACGACGGCCUUCCUGUGUUCCUUCCUGGCGAUGUACCUCUUCACAUUCAGGGUCCAGCUGGAAAAUUACACAUCAGCCUUUAUUUUGGUGUCCAGCAUGGCCAUGGGAGCGGCACUGACAGCUGUCAUGAUCACCUUCUUAAAGUCGAUGGAUGUGGUCACUCCAGAUGAGGUCAGCCCUGCCUGGGGAAACAAGAUUAUGCGGGGGCUUCUCAUUAUUGUAGUGAUAUGGGCGUGUUAUGAGUAUGUUAAGCGGUUGUAUCGGUCGUGGGUCAAUAAGAAGAACCGGCAGAUAGAUAUUAGUGUAGAAGCUCUCCACCACCGUCUUUUCUAUUGGAUUUUUGGCAAGUUGGAGACGAGGGGGUAUUUGAUAGACGGUCAAUUCAAAAUACUUUAAAUUUCUUAUCUACAUGUUUGUAGUAAGAAUGUGUCACGAUAUUAUCAUCCUACUAAAUCAAACGAGUCUCGUUUUCCUA